UUGCCCGCCCAUAUGGGCGGAGUGCGGAGGGGCUCUCGGCCCCGCGCCCGUGCGCAGGCCCGCGGCCGGUUUGCAGGGCCGGACGCGCGCCCCGCGUCCCGGGCAGGAAGAUGGUGGCGAGCGCGCGGGUGCAGAAGCUGGUGCGGCGCUACAAGCUGGCGAUCGCCACUGCGCUGGCCAUCCUGCUGCUGCAGGGCCUGGUGGUGUGGAGCUUCAGCGGCCUGGAGGAGGACGAGCCGGGCGAGAAAGGAAGGCAGAGGAAGCCACGGCCACUAGACCCUGGGGAGGGCUCCAAGGACACAGACAGCUCUGCAGGGCGUAGGGGCAGUGCUGGGAGAAGGCACGGACGAUGGCGAGGCCGCGCCGAGAGCCCAGGUGUGCCUGUGGCCAAGGUGGUGCGGGCGGUAACCAGCCGGCAGAGAGCCAGCCGACGGGUGCCCCCUGCCCCACCUCCGGAGGCACCGGGCCGCCAGAACCUGAGUGGAGCAGCGGCCGGGGAAGCACUGAUAGGGGCCCCUGGCUUCCCACAACACGCAGACACAGGGAGUGUGGAGGGUGCCCCCCAGCCCACGGACAACACCUUCACUCCAAAGUGUGAGAUUGUGGGCAAGGACGCACUGUCAGCACUGGCCCGGGCCAGCACCAAGCAGUGUCAACAGGAGAUCGCUAAUGUCGUGUGCCUGCACCAAGCUGGGAACCUAAUGCCUAAGUCUGUGCCCCGCCACUGCCAGCUGGCUGGCAAGAUGAGCCCUGGCAUCCAAUGGGAAGAGAUCCGGACCCAGCAGCCUGUUGGUGGCCCUCCAGUCCGCAUCGCCUACAUGCUGGUGGUUCAUGGCCGUGCUAUCCGCCAGCUGAAGCGUCUCCUGAAGGCUGUCUACCAUGAGCAGCACUUCUUUUACAUCCACGUGGACAAGCGUUCCAACUACCUGUACCGGGAGGUGGUGAAACUGGCCCAGCACUACGAUAAUGUGCGGGUGACACCUUGGCGCAUGGUCACCAUCUGGGGCGGGGCUAGCCUUCUGAGGAUGUACCUGAGGAGCAUGAAGGACCUUCUGGAAAUUCCUGGCUGGACCUGGGACUUCUUCAUCAACCUGAGUGCCACUGACUAUCCAACGAGGACGAAUGAAGAGCUGGUAGCAUUCUUAUCCAAGAACCGGGACAAGAAUUUCCUCAAGUCACAUGGGCGAGACAAUUCCAGGUUCAUCAAGAAGCAAGGCCUGGACCGGCUUUUCCAUGAGUGCGAUUCCCACAUGUGGCGCCUGGGUGAACGGCAGAUCCCAGCAGGCAUCGUGGUGGAUGGUGGCUCUGACUGGUUUGUGCUCACACGUAGCUUUGUGGAAUACGUGGUGUAUACGGAUGACCCCCUUGUGGCCCAGCUUCGCCAGUUCUAUACAUACACAUUGCUUCCCGCAGAGUCCUUCUUCCACACAGUGCUGGAGAACAGCCCGGCCUGUGCGAGCCUGGUGGACAACAACCUGCGGGUUACCAAUUGGAACCGUAAGCUGGGCUGCAAAUGCCAGUACAAGCACAUCGUGGACUGGUGCGGCUGCUCCCCCAACGACUUCAAGCCACAGGACUUCCUGCGGCUUCAGCAAGUAUCCAGACCUACCUUCUUUGCCCGGAAGUUUGAGUCGACUGUGAACCAGGAAGUCCUGGAAAUUUUGGACUUCCACCUGUACGGCAGCUACCCACCCAGCACACCAGCCCUCAAAGCCUACUGGGAGAACAUCUACGACAUGGCUGAUGGCCCUAGUGGACUCAGCGAUGUCCUACUCACAGCUUACACAGCCUUUGCCCGUCUCAGCCUGCUUCAUGCUGCCACUGCUGUAUCCCCACGGGCCACUGCAGUCUGCAGGUUUGAGCCCAGGGGGUUGCCGUCCAGCGUGCACCUGUAUUUCUAUGACGACCAUUUCCAGGGCUACCUGGUGACGCAGGCGGUGCAGCCCUCAGCCCAGGGGCCAGCAGAGACACUUGAGAUGUGGCUGAUGCCCCAGAGGUCGCUGAAGCUGUUGGGGCACAGUGACCAGGCCAGCCGGCUCCAGAGUCUGGAGGUUGGUACUGAGUGGGACCCCAAAGAACGUCUCUUCCGGAACUUUGGGGGUCUGCUGGGACCACUGGAUGAGCCUGUAGCCAUGCAGCGCUGGGCCCGGGGCCCCAACCUCACAGCCACUGUGGUCUGGAUUGACCCCACCUAUGUUGUGGCCACAUCAUAUGACAUCACGGUAGAUGCGGAUACUGAAGUCACGCAGUACAAGCCCCCACUGAGCCUGCCACUGCGGCCAGGAGCCUGGACUGUUCGAUUGCUUCAGUUCUGGGAACCCCUGGGUGAGACCCGCUUCCUCGUGCUGCCAUUGACCUUCAACCGCAAACUACCUCUCAGGAAAGAUGAUGCCAGCUGGCUGCAUGCGGGACCACCCCACAACGAAUACAUGGAGCAGAGUUUCCAGGGCCUAAGUGGCAUCCUGAAUCUGCCUCAGCCCGAGGCUGCGGAAGAGGCUGCCCGGAGGCACACAGAGCUCACCGGUCCUGCACUUGAGGCCUGGACAGAUGGAGAACUGAGCAAUUUCUGGUCUGUCGCAGGAUUGUGUGCUGUAGGGCCUUCUGCUUGUCCCUCCCUGGAGCUCUGUAGACUGACCAGCUGGAGCUCUUUGUCUCCUGACCCCAAGUCAGAACUGGGGCCUGUCAAAGCUGACGGGCGACUCAGGUAGCAGGACCCCAGCCAGCACAACCCGGAGGAGUCGGGGAAUUGCACCUUACAGACAACGGAGGGACAUCUCUCCCACAGACAAGAACCAGAGGCCAAGGCAGUAUGCCCAUUUGAGCCAUUAGGAACCUACACUGAGGGCAGGGAAGGUGGUUGCAGUACUCCUUACUGCUAAUGGCUCUGCAAGAGACCAGUGGUCCACCAGAGCCAUGAGGAGGCUCCUCCUCUGCUCUUCGAUAGUUUAUACUUUUUUAAUAAGUAAAAUGAGUGGCAGAGGGAGGAUGAUGUGCAAUAGGGCUCAGAGCAGCCCCAGGAUAUGGGCCAUGGCCAUGGGGAGCAUUCCAGAGAAUAUCUGCUUCUGCUUUGGGGAGGCCUGGUCUGCCUCACCCUCCAGAGCCUCCAUCCCCAGCCUGCGCCUGAGCCAUUCACAGUGGAUGAGCCGCUCACAGCCAAGGUUCUUAAGAGGCCCAGGUGCCUCCCCGGCUCUGAGGCCCCGAGGACAAGUGAUCUGGGGUGGGGGUGGGGCUACUGUGGAGCUGGACCUUAGUGAGACAGCCUCUCCUCUGGUAGCCAGGGAGCCCUAGAGCAGUGGUGGGGCUGGCUCUCAGGCUUUCCUAGGAAAUGCACCACAUCAGGGCCUGCUGAGAUCCAUGAACUUGCCCCACUGGAGGAGGGAGCCCCACUGGCAGCACAGGAAGACUGUCAGAGCGCUCAGAAGAGUCGCGUUGUGCCUGAAGCUCAGUGUGAAGUCUGAAAUAUGCAACAGAGGAAAUAUAUCUCUUAUCUCUCCAUGCUGAA